GGCAUUAUGCCAAGGAUUGCUCUACCCAACCAACUCCAAAAAACUGCUAAACUCUUCUAAUGGAGGUGUAGAAGAGUUUACCAAAAAUCCUCUCUAUAAGGUUCAAGGCUGCGACGCCAAGCGAAGUGGGCCCUUGGAAAUUAUAGCAGAGAUUGGAGGUGUUCAAAGGCGAGUGGUCAUAGAUACAGGCGCAGAAAUAAAUGUAAUUGCCAGAGAUUUUGUAUGGCAAAACGCCUGGAAAAAAUUGGUAGAAGAACAAAAAGAAGAAAUCCUAGGUAUAUCGAAUCAAGUCAUCAUAGCAGACGGAAAAUUGGUAUUGGAUGUAACAAUCGACGGAGCAACUAUCCCAGUCGAAUUCCUAGUUGUACCAAUCACCAACGUAUAUGCCAUUUUAGGCAUCGAAUUUAUUCGAAAAUAUGAUGUUCAAUUAAUUUUUAAAUCUGAUGACAGUCAGAUGAAAUGGCGCCCUAACAAAGAUAAAAAAUUGCGAAAGAAUCGUUCCGACCCUCCGGUGCAAGGGGAACGUCUAAUGACAUACCCCGCACCAAUCCAUCCUUUCGAUCCCGAUUGGCAUUAUCCAGAUUGUGCUGCUCCCGUUGGCGAAGAUAAUGAUUGCCGACAUUGUAUACCUUUUAGAAUAUUGGAUUACGAUAUUCAAGAGGCAUUGGAGCAAUUAAGAAAAGAAAAGCACGAUAAACAUUAUAAUGGAUUUAGUGCCAAAAAAGCGCGAAAAAUCUCUUGGGAUGAACUCGAAGACGAAUAUUAUAACCCUGGAAAAAAUGGCGAACUAAUGGACCUCGACAAAGAAGAAAAGGUUGUCGACUCAAUGGAUGUAGACCCUAAACCGACUAAUUCCAUAAUUGUCCAAAAUAACGGAGUUCAAGUAACUCUGGAAUGGGACGAUAAAGGAAUUAAAUUUGAAGGCAAUGAACAUCCAUGGUUUAUGAUCAAAUACUGGCAAAAUAAAAUCAAGAGAAAAACUAAGAGUCCUAUAAGAAUUCGUUCUUGGCAAGGACCUUAUGCUUCUUGCUGGUGUAUCUUAGAGGAUAAGUCUCAUAAAAACCUCGACGAUAACCAAGAAUGCAAUAGAU